GUUCUAUAAUGAACACAUUCUUACUCAUAAUUAUUUUCACUACUGCUGACAAUGGGUUUAAAUGCGAUCCUCUAUUUUCUACUUUGUAUUUCAUCAUUUUCUCUGACAGCGUCAUUAGAAGAAAUAAUGCCUAAAGUCACUGGAGGUCAUGAAGCAACUCCGUACAGCCAUCCUUACAUGGUUUCAUUGCAGAAAAGGUUUCUAUGGUUCCGACUUCAUAUUUGUGGCGGAUCGAUCAUUAGCAAAAAUAGGAUACUAACCGCUGCACAUUGUGUGUCUGAUUCAUUUCUAAUGAAAUGGUUACCUUUGGAUGCAAUUGCAGGGAUUCAUAACAACUAUUUUUUCGGACCACAAGCACAAAUAAGGACAAUAUUUAAAAAAUAUCCACAUCCCGAUUACAAUGGAGGCAUUGGAUCCCAUGAUAUUGCAGUUCUAUAUACAUUCACGCCAUUUAAAUUUACAAGAGAAUUACAACCAAUAAGUUUACCUAACGAUUUGGAACUCGAACAACAAUUACUAACAAUAUCCGGUUGGGGUCUUCUAAGCACGAGUAUAUUAAUGUUAGAUUUUCCUGAUAAGCUGCAAGAAAUUGAAGUCACAUAUCUUCCUUAUGAAGAUUGCUAUGAAGCUAUAGAAGGUGUGAAAGAGAAAGAUGAAAUUAAUCCUCUAGAUGAAGAAACACACAUCUGUACAGGACCUAUCACUGGCGGUGUUGCCGCGUGCAGUGGGGAUUCUGGAGGGCCUUUAGUUUUACAUAUUGUUAAAGAUUCUAAUACGACAAAAUACGAUAGUAAUGAAGGUGUUAUCGUUGAAGAUUAUAAUAAUUCUACGGUUGUAUUACUCGGUAUUGUCUCGUGGGGAAUGACGCCGUGCGGUGAAGAAGGUGCGCCAACUAUUCAUACGAAAGUAGCCUCUUAUCUUGAUUUUAUUAACAAGCAUAUUGUUAAAUAACAUAUUGUAGAUGUUAAAAGUAAUGGAUAAGAAUGCUAUAAUUUGUUUAUAAAAUAAAAUAUUUGUAUUUUUUA